GUUUACAAACAAAAAUCAGUCAAAUAAAUUGAUUUAACAAAUAAAAGCGUGGAAAAGCAAUUAAAAUGUCGUGUGCCGUGCCAGAGUGCCAGCAAUUGAAGCAGUCGUCUGAAAAGGUAUCCCUCCAUUUAUUCCCAGAUCCAAGAAAAGAUCCAAAAAGGCAUUUAAAAUGGAUUAAAGCAAUUAAUUCGGAAAGAAUCUUUAAAUUUGAUCCUUCCGUCGUCUUUAAACGAUUUAGAGUCUGUCGUAAUCAUUUCUCUAAGAAUUGCUUUAACGGUGAUUGUAAGAAACUGCUUCUAAAUGCUGUGCCUACAUUGAAUAUCAAUAGUAGAAAAGUGAAUUUGAAGUCGUAUUAUUAUUACGAAGAAAAGAUCCUGCAGAUGCUUAAAACAAAUUCUGUGGAUAUUGAGGAAGACUCAUUGAAGAUUAUUAGUCUUGAUGAUAUUCAAAUGCUGUCUGAACCAAUAGAGACUGAAAAGUUAUGGAAUAAUAUAGAAGUUGACAAAGAUACAGCAGAUAAUGAUGAAUCGGAGUUUGUUCUAAUGGAAGUUGAGAAGCAUGAUAAUCAAGCACAAUAUACAAUUGUCAUGCCUUCAUCUGAGAAUGCUGUAAAUCCUAAUCUAUUAAAAUACAGUUCAAAUAUCGGAAAAGCUAGUUUGAUGCAAGAAAAUACAGAUAUCACACCUUUCAACAAAAACAAAUUAAAGCAGAUCCAAGCCGCAUUUAACAGUGACCCAAAGAAUUUACUAGCUCAAAACAUAUGCAGUAAGAUGUCAGUCUUUGAUGCUGCGAUGUUAGCAGAGAAUACACAGUUCUAUAGUCAUGAAAUUGAUUUAAAGAUAUCAGAGAAUAUUGAGAACUUCCAUUGGUCCUAUACAUUACUAGCCGUGCUUAAAAUGCCAUUCAUGAAAAAGUUUAAUUUAAUUGAUUUUGAAUUCUCACAAGGGCACUUCCUGUAUCACGAAAAUGUUGAAAGAUGCUAUUCAUACCUUAGCAACUUGGCAACAAUUCUCAAGUCUAAUGAUAAAAAUGAUCGAUUAAUGUCAUUUCUGCUUGAUGAUCCAUUGAAAGAAGGAGGUCGAUGGAGUAUAUUUGCGAGUAUCAUUAAUAAGUACGGUCUGAUGCCGAAAGAAGCAUUCAAAUGUCAUAUUAGCAGUGAUAAAGUUAAAAACAUGACUAGAAUAUUAAAUACAAAAUUAAGAGACUAUUCAAAGCAAUUAUUACAUCUAGCUUCCAAAAAUAUGAACACGAAUGUGAUUAUUGAUUUAAAAAUGGUCGAAAUCUGCAACAUCAUAUCCCUUUGUAUAGGAACGCCACCUGAUAACUUCCACUGGAGCUGCCAUAAUACAAAUAAUGUCUUGACGCCAAUAGAAUUUUAUGAGCAGCAUGUUAAGACAAUAAUCAAUGUUGAUGAUGCAUAUUCUCUAAUUAAUGACCCUCGACCUUCAUUGAAAUACCAAAAUUUAUACACGACUGCAUAUUCAGAUAUUAUAAUUGGUGGAAAUAAGAUGUUAUCUAACAAUCAACCGACUGAAGUCUUAAUUGACGCAAUUUCAAAAUCUAUAAUUAAUGAAGAGCCUGUUCUUGCCAUUUGCAGUUUAAAUGGAUUGAACGACUUUAAAUUGAAAAACUUUCACAUGCUGUGCGACAUUAAGGUUUACUCAUCUAUGGAUAAAUCUAAUAAAAUAGAACUAAGAGAUUUCUCAGAAAAUAUUGCAAUGAUUAUUACUGGCAUAUCCACGGACUCAAAUGGAAAUCUUGAGAAGCUUCGCUUAGAGCACUUUAAAGAUGGACAGAAAAUAAUUACAAGUAUAUCAAAGAAUUGUUUUAAUGAAUUAGUUUUAGAAAUUAUCAUAAAUAAGAAGUUCUUAAGUGAUUACGUGAAAUGUGUGUAUGACUUAACUCCUAUUGUAUUAUCCACUUAUGAUCCUCUUUCAAACUUAUUUAUUUAAAUUGCUUCU